CGCGACAACUGACGAACAGCAGCUCUCAGCCAUGUCAGACUUUGACGCUGCUUCCGUGCAGUCCUUUGCCAUCGACCUGGCCAAGCGAGCGGGCAAAGUCAUCCUGGACGGCUCUUCGAAGCGCUUUGCAGACCAGGCCACAGGUCAGCAGUCUUCCGCUGCAGACGAUCUGAUCAAGAAGAACACGGCGGACCUCGUGACAGAGGUGGACCAGGCCACCGAGGAGUUUGUCAAGGCCGAGAUUAAGCGGCAGUACCCCUCGCACAAGUUCAUUGGCGAGGAGAGCUGGGCGGCGGGGCAACAGAACCAGCUCGAAGACGCGCCCUCGUGGAUCGUCGACCCCAUCGACGGCACGACGAACUUUGUCACGGGUUUUCCCUUUGUCGCCAUCUCCAUCGGCAUCACCUACAAGUCCAAGGCCGUCAUCGGCGUCGUGUAUGCGCCCUUUCUCGACACGCUCUUCUACGCUCGAGAGGGCGGGGGCGCCUUUGUGGAGUCGCCCCAGCAUCGCCAGGCGAGGAAGCUGCCGCUGAAUCAGCCGCUGCCGCUGCCGAGCCUCAAGCAGGCCGUCGUGGCCGUCGAGUGGGGCAGCGACCGCAAGCUGUCAACGAUUGACAAAAAGACAAAGUUCUUUGCGAGCCUCUGCGGUGAUGCCGACCAGGGCGUCGAGGGCGGCCAGAUGGUCCGAGGCGUGCGCAGCAUCGGGAGCGCAGCACUGAGCUGCUGUUUCGUCGCCGAAGGCUCCCUCGACCUGUGGCACGAGAUCGGCUGCUGGAUCUGGGACGUGUGCGCAGGCAUCGUCAUCCUCCAGGAAGCCGGCGGCCUCGUCGUGGGCGCAAAGCAGGACACCCUCGACAAGAUCAAGGCCAACUCAAAGGAGCUGGGCACAGCCACGCCCGAAAUCCUCCAGGGCAGAAAGUACCUCGUGGUGCGCAACACGAGUCCGCGCGAGGACCAGAUCAAGACGGUCACGGCCUUCUACCAGACGAUGGACGAGUGGAAUGCUGCAUAAGCUCGAGCGGCACGCAAAGCAUGAAUGAAGUCUGAAUGCCAUGAAUUCUACUGCUGAAAAUGGGG